CAGUGACGUGGUUCUUCGCAACGAUCCUAGUGUAAACUCAACCCAAGAUCAGAAGGACCCUUGGUCUCCUGUGCCCACGGAAAUUCCUGAUCCAUUUAUUCUGGCCGACUUGAUCAAUCGUGGCCAUCAAGAGUCUGAUUUCCAAGAGGAUACUCCAUUUGUUGCCUGA